CGCGUCCCACCCGCUUACACCGCAGAGCCCUAGCCUAACAUACAGAAGAAUCAAUUCAUGUAUAAAGUCGAGAUGCUAUCUGUCUGUGUACGGAAUGUUACAUGCCUAGAUUCCAUGCCUGAAUGACCCCUUGCAACCUCAUCCAUCGCCAUGUAUCACGAAAUUGUAGCACUCGAAAAGCAACACCAGCCGCUCCCACUGGAUGGCUUCGACUUUCCCCACACCCUCAGCACCUACGAGUCGACGACGUCGCGCGAACAGCUCCACGCCCGCAUCCACCAUGCAACAGUUAUAAUCAUUACCACUGUCAAAAUCGACGCCGAAACACUCCGCCCCGAAGUGACACCGAAGUUACGCUAUGUCGCCGUGUCCGCAACUGGCACUGAUCCCGUUGACCUCGAAGCUUGCAGACGGCGCGGCAUUCGUGUGACAAACUGCCCGGGCGCAAACCUAGACGCGGUUUCCGAACAUGCUAUUAGUUUGUAUUUUGCUGCUAGGCGGCGGACAGUUUUGCUAGACCGCGUAACGAGGGCACAGCCUAGCGAGUGGAGAAGGGCGGGGAGCGUGAACCGACACAUGCGAUUGCCAGAUGGCAAACCUCCUUUAAUCUGCAAGGAUGAGGUUAUGGGGGUAAUUGGAUAUGGCGGCUUGGGGAGACAAAUCGCAUCAGUUGGUCGCGCGUUAGGCAUGCAGGUCGUAGUUGCGGCUCGUAAGACAUCAUCUACCCCAUCGCUAGGUGGCCAACUUCCCAUCUCCAACGCAGACGAUGGUCGCAUCCCGUUUGAUGACGUCCUCCGUCAAUCUACCGUCCUCGUGCUGUCGCUACCGCGAACCCCGCAGACACUGAACCUCCUAUCCACAGCCGAGUUCGCGAAGAUGCAUCCAUACGCUGUAUUGAUCAACAUCGCGAGAGGCGGGAUAGUAGACGAGGCAGCGGUUGUAGAAGCACUGAAGGAGAAGCGCAUAGCGGGCUAUGCCACCGACGUAUAUGAAGUCGAGCCUGUUGGAGGCCCAGAGGAUACCCCGCUCCUCGCUGAGGAUGCGAAGGACUUGAACAUCACUAUGAGCCCGCACUUGGCGUGGUUCUCUCAGAGGACGCUGACGAAUCUGGGUGACAUUUUGAAAGAGACAGUAGAAGGCUGGGCAAGUGGUAAAGACAUCAACGUCAUUGUAUAGACAG